AUGGCGCCUAUAGGUUCUUCUGCAGCAUGCUGGGCUCCCUCCGGAGUUGCACAUCCAUAUAUUAGGAGAUAUUUCGCCCAAACUUUGAAGCCUAUCGUUGUAGGCGCUAAGGCCGGCACCACCCCUCGAAUAUCUCACGCUUCAACUUCCCGCCAGUCUGGACCGCUCGGCAAGCCCUCUCGACGUGCUUUCAGUGCAUUCUGCCAAGCAGCGACUGUACCAGCCCUCACCGUUACCGUUACCACCAGCAGCGCAGCUACACGCUGUUCCGCCGCAGCAGCGCUGGCAGCCGUGACAGCGAAAACAGCCCACGAAAGGGUCUCCUCAGGGGCCCCACUGGUUUCGAGCGUCUUCCUCUCCCGCCUUGCCCGCCUGGGGAGGCCCCUGGCUAAGCGCCUCCUGCCGCAGCUUUCCUUCAGCAACCCCCUCAUGCUGCCUGAGGGAGUCGGUAUGACCGCACUUAUGCAGUUCGUGGAGAAGCAGAAGGUCCUACACAAGGACCAUGUCAUCCUUACCCAAGUUGGUGACUUCUACGAGGCUUACGGCGUGGAUGCGGUUAUGCUCGUCGAAUUCUGUGGACUUAACCCCAUGGGGGGGAAGCCAAAGGCGGGGUGCCCUAAAGGGAGCGUUCAGGCAGUGCUGGACUGCUUGACAGCCGAGGGGUUGACUGUUAAUGUAUACGAAGAGCUGCCAGUGCCCCCUGGCCUCGGCUCAAGGGCCUUGUUGCUACGCACGCUGAAAACACGCGUGUUAACGCAGGUGGUGUCUCCUGCAGCGCCUCUCUUUCUCCCAUCGCACCUGUCGCUAUUCCAAGGCGAGAUCGGAGCCAACACCAGCGACUCCCUGCCCAUCUUUUCUCUCUACUUCUCGCCGUCUCUGGGGUUCUGCUGCGGCGAGAUAUACGUGGAAGAGAGGCGGAUGCACGUGGAGGGAGGCCUCACUGCUGAAGGGGCACGCACGAAGAUUGAUGCAGCGCUUGCGGCAACAGGAAGCGUUCCUGCCUCGAGUGGCAUGCUCUGCGGAAGCAGCGACAGCAGCUUCCACCGGGCAGUUCUCCGGGAAGUUGCAUCUUCGCUCAGCCUUUCGCCACAGGAGUUCGCUGUGUCUUCGAGCGCAAGGAGCUAUCGAGGCUACUGGGGAGCUCCUGGGAGAGCUCCCCACCCCCUCCCCACGGCAACAGCCUCUCAACUAGGGCUCUUAAGCUCAGUGGAGCAUCACUCGCAGUCUGCAGCGUCUAUUUCUGCCUCCUUGGUGCCUCCUCUUCAUAAGGCCGUCUUGCCACCCAAUGCGCCUGCAGGAGCUGCCAGAUUCCUACAGAGGCUGCUGCUGCUGCCGCCUCCGCCGGCCGUCGCUGAUGCCAUGCAGCAGCUGCUAAAACAGCUGCUGCUUCUCAGCGUCACUCCCUCGAAGCCCUAUGCGUCGAAGAACUCCGAGCAGAGAGAUGCGCCGCCUCUGCAGGCGGAGCAUGCGGAGAUGCAACAGCAGGAGCAGCUGCUGAUGCCGUCUGGAAAGAUUCCGCAUAUUGGGAAGGUUGCGCAGCUCAUCUCGACACGCAAGGCGAAUAGAGUGCUGUUUGCGGAGUUGCUGGGCCUGCUGCACCCCGCGGCUUACUGCCUUGAGGCCUAUCCGCAGCAGCUUCUCCAGCCGCUUUUUCUGCUGCUGCAACACCAGACGCAGCAGCGAAUCGAGCAAGACACUCUGCGGCGCGAAGUGAAGGAGGCGGCUCAACGCAUUUCGCGAGUCAUUUACCAAGAUCCCGAGGCUCAUGAUCGAGCAGCAGACGCGAUGGCACUUGCUGCUGCUGCCGCUGCGGCUGCCGCUCGGCGCGUGGAGGCGGGGCACACUCUAGACGGAUCCGGGGAGGCUGCUGCAGCUUCUGCUGCCGCGGCAGCGGCAGCCGCAGCUAGCUCGGCUGCAACGCAGUGCCGUAGAGCAGCAGCAGCUGCGAGUCACGAAGCUGAGUCCAGCACUGGAGGCAUCCUCACAGCCCUUGAAGAAUUCUAUCAGCGAUCCGAGUCUUUUCGGUGCCAUGUCCAGCCGGAACUGGUUGCGGCGCCUCUCAUCCGCGUUGCUUUAGCGGCAGACGAUCUCCUUGUCGCCGUGCUCAGAGAUUUUACGGGGGUGUCUCUUCCCUCCCUCCCGCCUCUGGCGGGAGUUUUGACGGGCCGAGUCACAGCGCAAGAGGUCUUGCAGGAGGCCGUACAGUCGAGCCUCCAGGGGAGCAAUUCGGAAACUUUCUUAGACCCCACAGAGCAUGCAGCCGUCAAAGCGGCUCCGAAGGAGGCCCCUGAGGAGGCUCCUACGGCAUCGCCACUGGAGCUGAAGGGAAUUUCUGUCGCAAAGGGUUUGCAUUUAGUUUUAGUGCUGCGGGAUCAGCGGCAGCGGCAGCUGCGGGAGCUGCAGCAGCAGCAGCCGCGGCUCAUGGCGGCGCUGCAACGGUGGCUCACCGCAGACGCGUUAAACGACAUUGUUUACUUGAAGAAACACAAGCCUCCCCUUGCAGGCGUCGCUGCAGCAGCAGCAAGCAAAGAAGCAGUGGAGCUCACAGUGCCUUCCAAUGCUCCAGAGGCUCCUAAGGUACGACAUGCGCCUGCCUCCUUAAGAGAGAGAUCUGCUUGCUCCCCCGCCUUUGUACAGACAAGCCACGUUGGGCUUGAGAAGGAAGCUGGGAAAGCUGGGAAAGAUGGAGAGGAUCGGAAUCGUCGUGUGCUGACAGGCUGCUGGAGCACCCCUGCAGUCAUGGCAGCCGUUCGGCAGUACACUGCAAGCUGCGCAGCUGCAACGGCGGAAGUUCGAAAGCAGAUAGAAAGCCUCAGCGCCUCUCUGCAGCCGCUUUUGCCCGCCAUUAUCCAGGCAGCCCAUCUCACCUCCAUUCUGCAGGCAGCUGGGCACCAUGCUGCAUUUGCCUGCAGCAACGGUUGGAAUUUGCCGGAGUUGCGUAAUGACGGGGGCAUGGCUCUGCAAGUUCGAGAUCUGACACCCUACUACCUCCCUCGCAGCAACCUCAGCAGCACUGGCAGCAGCUCUUCCAGCAACGCCAGCCUUGCUACCGAUUCUGUGGACACACAAAGUGCUCUUGAGCCCCUUCACGCUUCCAGAGGCGCGUCUAGCGUCUCCUUCGAUUUGAAUGGCUUGUUUCUACUGACGGGGGAAAACAUGGCUGGCAAGAGCACUCUGUGCAGGUCCACGCUUGCCCUGACGCUUCUAGCGAAUGCAGGUCUGUUCUGCCCCUGUGGGAGCGGCACGAAGGUGCCUCGGUACUCUGCCUUCCUGUCCUCUUCCUGCAUUGCGCACGAUUCGCCUUUAGAGAACAAGUCCUUCUUCGUGUUCGAGUCUCAGCAGCUCAAAGCUGUUCUCCAACAGACUCUGGAUAGCACAAGUCCUCAUGGAAAUCCUGCUGGAGCCGUGGGCUGCCCUAAGGAGGAAUUAUCAGAGACACACGCGGAGGGAGAGAACAAGGCUACUGCAGAGCGUGGGAGCAGCACUACAGCCAAUACACACGGAGUAACUCCAUCAAACUCGAAGACUGCCGAGCAGGGAGAAGCACGGAAGAGCAUCGGAGAAGCAGGACGCUUUGCGCGGAGCUUCCUUAUCUUAGAUGAGCCCUGCAAAGGCACUGCCCCCAACUGCGGAGCAGCGCUGUUGGGGUCUGUCUUAGAGUCCUUGGCUGACGUAAGGGCCCAGGGUAUUAUUUCGACGCACCUUCACCAGCAACUCUCAGCCCUCCCUCUCUCGCUGCCUCCCGCAGCUGUGUCGUUCAAGCAAAUGAAGAUCUGUCGGAGGCAGAAGGCUUCAGGGAAAACAGAACACAAGAAGCGGCCGCUGAAGCAGGAGGAGGAUGCGGCACCAAAAAACGCAGCAGAGGAGCACGAUGCAGCCUGGUUAGAUAAUACAUCGGACUGCGAUCUUUUCGCGAACGAGGAUGAAUGGGAUUAUGAACUGGCGGACGGCAUUUGCAGUGAUUCGAAUGCGCUGCAUGCGGCAGAAAAGGCCGGCAUCCCCCAAACGGUUCUCCAGAGGGCGAAGGCACUCAGACGGUAUUUCCACCCAGACGCUGAGCACACUGAAGAGCAAGCCCAACUGGACCCUCCUCCGGCGUGGGCUAGUUCCGCUUGCGUCUACGUGCUUGUUGCGUUAGAGAGGACGACAGCUGCACUUAUUGGCGAGUGUCAUGCUCAGCACAUUGGUGCUGAUGCAGCUAGACGUUUGGAUUCAGUCAGCUCGCAGCAAGCCGCUCUUGCACGCUUCGAGCAAUUUGAAACACCUGGGGAAAUCGCAGCGAGGGCCAGGGAGGGGCCUCCUAAGACCCCCACGACUCCACCCCUGUUCGGAUCAUAUCGCGUGUAUGUCGGAGAGAGCGAACGUGUCUGCGAACGCUUGAAGCGCCACCGUGCAGCUUCUCAGUGGUCAUCCGCUUUGGCCUUGGUGCUGAGAACCCCAGGUAAAAGCGAGGCCCGAAAAAUUGAAACGGAGACGAUCAGGAGGCUCAUCGGAGACUCUGAAAUUCGUCUCAUGUCAAUAAAGGACGGCAACAGGAGGUAG